AUGUCGAGCAAAGCGGCGCUGAAAGCUGUGCGAACAGCUUUGGAUGCAAAGGACUUCCAAGAUGCUGCGGAUAAGGCAAAUGAUCUUGUCAAGCGGGACCCCAAGAAUUACCACGCAUUCGUCUUUCUCGGACUCGCAAACGACAAAUUGAACAAAAUCGAGGAAUCUGAAGGCGCAUAUUAUGCUGCGGCUCGCAUCAAGAGCGACGACCGAACCGCGUGGCAGGGAUUGGUCUCUCUGUACGGUAGACUGGGCGCCAGCCAACUUGACUCAUUUCGCGAUGUGGUCAUUCGACUAGGAAAGAUAUUGGAAGACAGUGACGAGAAGGAACGCUGCCAGGAUCUGGUCAACAAAUACUUGAGAGUGGCCAAGAACCAGGGCUCGAAAUCUCAAGUAAGAGAUGCAUUGGAGCUGCAAUUGCCAAGCUCGCCGUUGUACGACUUCCUCGAAGGCCGAUUGCCGCAUCCGUCACACACCUAUAAGCGCUUAAUCGAAGUAACUGAGAGCGAUGAGAAGGAAUUCAUCAAUCGUGAGAUUGGAGAACGCAGAACACGUCUCGGAGCUCGGGUUGACGAAGUGACUCAAGAAGUCAAGCGGGAGGCAUACAAAAAGAGCGGGUUGGAACAACUUUAUCAAGGUUUGAUUGACUGGACCAAUGAUGACGCCGUCCGACGUGAAUACGAGGAGAAGCUCUUUAUGCGUGCGUGUGAUGAACUUGGUUUCCUCCCGCCGAAGGCGAAAGAUGCGAAAAGAAAAGCAGUCUUCAAGGCGGCACAUGACAUGGUGAUCAUCAAACACCCAUUCGAACCGGCAUGGAAAGUCUUCCUGGAGUGGCAGGACAUUGAGUUCUCUCAGUACGAUGUCGGACACCUACGCGAAUUCGUGGAGUUCUUCCCCGACUCUGGACUUUCCAAGGUUUUGAAGGGAUUCCUGGCCAGCGAACUUUCUCCCUUCCCCAAAGAUCCCUCGGCGGAUGCUGAGACCGAAGAGAAGAUGGUCUCUUCGCUAGAUGGCGAAGAUGGCGAAACUAUAUCCAGCGAACAAGAGCGUCUCAUUCUUAUGGCCGGUGGUUUGGAAUCUGCUCGAUCUUCCAUCCUUGCUCACCGUAUCCUGGCCAAUUUGUACCUCACCCUGGAGGAAUACGAGAGUGUUGUUGAUGUCGCUCGCAAGGGUUUGUUAAAUGUCAAGGACUUGAUCCGGUACAGUGGGAUCAAACUCCCCAACAUCACUGAUUUCUUGAACAUUGCACUUGCCAAUUCUUUGAUCCACUAUCAAUCACCCCGACACCACCCCGAAGCAAAGGCCAUUUUCGAGGAAAUACUACAAAGAAAGCCAACCUCCUCCAUCUGCCUACUUGGCAUUGGUCUGAUUCUGAAAGAAGACCAGGACUAUGGAGCGGCGGUUAGCUUCUUGCAGCGUGCGCUUGCACGAGACACAUCCAACAUCAAGAUUCGCGGAGAGCUUGCAUGGUGCAUGGCUCUGAACGGUGACCUCCAGUCUGGGCUGGAAAGUCUGUCGGCUACUCUUGAAGAUUUGAGGGAAGCUCAGCCCGGGAACAGAGAGUUUGCAUCCGAUCUCUUAUACCGCAUUGGAUAUUGUCAGUGGGAACUCGACCCAUCUCCAGCUGCACGAAAGGACCGUACAGGUGCCUACGCCAACCUCUUUGCCUCUAUUCAAGCGAACAUGAAUUUCGCACCUGCCUACACCCUGCUAGGUUUCUACUAUGCCGACUACAAGAAGGACAAGAACCGAGCACGUCGGUGCUUCCACAAAGCGUUUGAAUUGUCCACAUCUGAGAUCGAAGCCGCCGAGCGGCUUGCAAAGGGCUUUGCUGACUCGAAAGAGUGGGAUCUUGUUGAAGCGGUCGCACAACGCGUGGAUGACUCCGGCAAGGCCAAGCCUGCCCCUGGAUCAAAGCGCCGGGGAUACAGCUGGCCAUACGCGGCUCUGGGAUCGGUGCAGAUCAACAAACAGCAGUAUGCCAAAAGUAUUCCUUCAUUCCAGGCAGCGCUUCGACUGUCACCAAAUGAUUACCAUUGUUGGGUUGGACUCGCAGAGAGCUACCACCACUCUGGUCGGUAUGUUGCCGCUACCAAAGCGUUCGAGCAUGCGAAGACAUUGGAGGCAGAUCUUUCAGACGAAGAUAAGGAGCAUGUCUGGUUUGCGCGAUACAUGCUUGCAAAUGUUAAACGGGAGCUCGGCGAGUUUGAUGAUGCAAUUGCUAGCUACGAACACGUCCUUAUCUCCCGGCCUGGUGACGUCGGUGUAACCAUCGCGCUGCUUCAGACCCUCACAGAGAGUUCCCUGAAAAGUUUGGGCUUGGGUAUAUUCAAUGACGCCGCCGAGCUUUCAUGCAAAGCCAUCCAAGUGGCUAGCUCGCUUGCACCAAUUCAGAGUGAUAUUUUCAACCUUUGGAAGGCCGUCGGCGAUGCCUGCUCCAACUUCUUCUACAUGAAAUCCAAGCUCGAGAAAUUGUCGCCCUCUGACUGCAAGGCUUUACUUGCCGUCAAUCUUGACUCUAUGGCCCUUGACCUCAUGACUGACAUUGAUGGCGUGGGUAAGGAUUGGCUCGAGUCCAGUGUAAAUCAAGACCCGACCACAUUUGAUUUCUAUAUUAACAUGUCCAUUCUUGCAUACAAGCGUGCACUUCACGUUUCUGUGAAUGAUUUGCAUGCCCAGGCAGUCGGAUGGUACAAUCUUGGCUGGGCCGAGUAUCUUGCAUACCGCAGCGUGCAGUCGGAUUCUAGCAAGAAGGGCAAGAAGCCACGCAAGUUCUUGAAAGCUGCCAUGCGAUGCUUCAAGAGAGCAAUUGAACUGGAGGCCGGCAAUGCUGAAUUCUGGAAUGCCCUGGGUGUUGUCACCACAAGCAUGAGCCCAAAGGUAGCGCAGCAUGCGUUUGUCAGAAGCUUACAUCUGAACGAUCGCAACGCUCAAGUCUGGACCAACUUAGGAGCGCUCUAUCUCCUACAAAAUGAUGUCCAACUUGCCAAUGACGUCUUUACGCGGGCACAAUCUACCGACCCAGACUAUGCACAGGCUUGGGUUGGCCAAGGGUUGCUUGCAAUGCUCGUUGGUGAAACCAAGGAGGCCAGAGGCCUUUUCGAGCAUGCUUUUGAUAUUUCAAACUCGUCGACUACUAUUCCCAAGCGCCAAUACACCUUGAACCUUUUCGAUCAUCUUCUUUCUGACCCCUCCGCAUCCAACGAGGUGUCUCAUCUCAUCCAGCCAUUUUUUGCUCUACACCAGCUCUGCAUCCAGAAUCCGACUGACCUGCCAUUUGUUCACCUAUCUGCUCUGCUUGCAGAGAGAAUGGGCGAGGUCACAGAUGCUGAGAUCAGCCUGCAAGCUGUUUGCUCAGGCAUGGAGACCGAAUUUGAAGAGACCGAGUCCCCCGCCUCUCUUUCUAAGUUCGCCCAGGCAAAUGCAGACCUGGCACGUGUUCUGCUCGCAAGCCACUCAUACAAGGAAGCUGCCGAAAAGGCCGAGCUUGCCAUUACUCUCUCCGGAGAGGAAGAUGCAGAGAACUUUGAUCCCGAAGCGUGCAAGAAGCUCCGUCUAUCCGCCCAUCUGACCGCUGGUCUCGCAUUCUACUACACAAACUCCAUGGACCAUGCCAUUGAUAUGUUCCGCGACGCUCUCGAGGAGGCAGACAAUGCCCCAGAUGUGGUCUGCCUUCUUGCCCAGGUCCUGUGGGCCAAGGGUGGCGAAGAGGACCGAGCUGUUGCCCGGGAGCAGCUAUUUGACUGUGUUGAGAAGUACCCCGAUCACAUCGGAGCAGUCAGUCUUCUUGGUACGGUUGCUCUUCUAGACGCGGAUAGGGACGCAAUCGAGGCCGUGGAGUCAGAUCUUCACAGCAUGAUCACACGCGACGGCGUCGAUAUUCAUGACCAAGCUAAACUGAUCAAACUCCUCGCCGCAAUCUCAGCGAUGGGAUUCACGGAUACUGCUGCACUUCCGGAAGAUACGAGACGUAUUGGAGAGGCUACUGCUGCAGUUAUGAUAUCCCCAAGCCAGCCUGCAGGAUGGAUGGAGCUGUCUUCAGCAUCGCAAUCUGCCUAUCCAGCAGACAUGGCUCUCGAUCGUGCGCUGAAGAACGUACCCCCUUACAGCAACCUCGAAGCUGCAGAUCUCAGUGAUGCAUAUGCACAGACUGGUAAGACCAGUGACGCUCUCCGUGCUAUCAUGGUUGCGCCGUGGAAGUGCAAUGGAUGGGAGGAGUUGAACCACAGUGUAUCUAACUUGACUGCCUAG